CUCGCCUAUACCCUCAUAGAAACAGUGCGUGGUUCCCCUAAAGUAAAUCUUCACUUAAAGGGCUUAGUUGUGUUAUGGCACUAUCUGGAAUUAUGCAAUAGAUCAACAUAUGCAAAGCAGAGUAUUCACUAGCAGCUCAUGUGUUCCCCGUACCUGCUAUCACUGGCUAGAAUAAAAUGAGUAAUAGCAGAAUUUGCAUCGUAAGAGACGAAAGCAUGAAAGUAAAUACAUAAAGCAACGGAAGCUACUAUGAGCAGAGCACGGUAUCCCCAAAAGUAGUUGGCAAUUUAAGUUUAUCCCAGCCUUCUCUAGCUUCACAAUCAAGGUCAUUAGAAGAUACUAUGAAGACAAUGAGAAAGAAUAGAGAAUGAAAUUUUAGUCAGUAGGGUAUUUUGACCAAACCACAAAUCACGAUCGCAUGGGACAAAUGAUACUUUGUAUAACUAACUCCUUGUAGUUAACGAUCUCUUGUGCUCUUUGUAAAGUAAUCCCCUUGGAAUCAGCGUUUCAUAGCAAUUUUCCUUGUAACUAGCAAAGACUGAAGUUCUUUGACAAUACUUUUUUUGGCUCUUUCACACACCUGGUGCCCCUUCCUCAACGUUAUCCCUCCAAACCAACUACAGUAUUAUACAUCCCGUCUACUCGAACAAUUUCCAGACCCUCUCAUCUUCAUGGCUAGACUGGUGAAUCAAUUCUGAUAUUAUAGACACCCUGUACGUGUAAUAGUUGCUAAACUUCAUAUCGCUGUACACACCACACUAUGUCCAUGGGGAUGUGGCACCGUUUCUACCUCCUUUCCUUCGCCAUCCUAGUCUUGCCGCUUGCUGCCAACAGUAACAUCAUCUGCACUGGCCAAGGCAAUCGCACAGCCAGCAGCAACUAUGAAGCAAACAUCCGCGCCUUCAUGGCCAUUCUCCCGAACAAGACGGCCUCCAUGCUCGGCCGCUACGCCAACCAUGACACUGGGGACGGCAUGUACGCUGUAUCACACUGCCACAACGGCACAAACUUCUCAUCCUGCUGGGCCUGCAUCACCUUAGCCCUCCAAGAAGCACAGACAGUGUGUCCUUACCAGAAGGGUGUCGAGUUCAACAACAACAACUGCUCUCUCGAACUCUCUGCAAUCAUUCACCUCGAAACUGUGGAUCUUCUUGUCCUCAAACACGAUGGCCACAAAGAAGGAUUCUCUGCGAUGAGAAAUGUGUCCAUGGCUAUAGAGAACAUCAUGGCGUUGGUAUUUCAAGCAGUUGGAUUCGCAUGUCUUUUCUUCCUACUUCGACAGGACUGGCAUGAUAGGAAAAACCGAUCUAUGAUGCAUCCUAGUGAUCCUCCAUCUGAAGAAAAAUGAUUCAUCCGUCUCGGCCACAAUUUUCAGCAGCUGUGCCUUCUCUCAAGCGAAAAUAUAAUGCUGAUACAUCUACAUACACUACGGGAAAAACAGGCGCUGCCGUGCAGCGUUUCAAUGCCGUGAGCCGCCGCACGGCAAAGAAAUCAUUGCCGUGCGCAGCAAGCAGCACGCACGGCAACGACAAUCCGCACGGCAACAUCUGAGAGCAGCGCACGGCAAUGAAGGCAAGCACGGCAAAGACAGAAGCGGCGCACGGCAAAGAAUCAAAUGACGGCAAAGUACAAGGAAACCUCACGGCAAAGAAAGGAAGACGGCAAAGUCCCUACGUGCCGCACGGCAAAGAAACCAAGCACGGCAAAGAAACCAAGCACGGCAAAGGCACUGGGCAUUGCCGUGGCUCGCCCCUUUGCCGUGCGGACAGGUUAGUUGCACGGCAAAGGCACCUUUGCCGUGCGUUCCCUUCUUUGCCGUGCGCCAAUAUAAUUUUUUUUGUUUUUCUUCCUAUUUUAUUUCAUCUAAUACUUAUAUUUAUUUGUUAAUUAGUUUUUCUUUUUGAUGACUAUUUAUUAGACAAUGUGCAAUACAAAAUUACUCUCCAUAUAUGUUCAUCCCCCACAUAUAUCACGGUUUCGGAGCAACCCGCGGUUCGGAAAAUCUCCUAAGUGUUAUCGCCCAACGGUGAGGAAGGUCACACCGGGGAGCUACUUUUGCACCAUUAGACCUUGCACCACACUUUGACACAUAUCAUAGGCCCACAUGCAAGAUUUGGUGGGGUUCCGGUGCUCCGGCGGUCGUUCUCCCCCUCCUCCCCCCAAAACAGCGGAACGUGUGCCCCGGCGGGUCUACCCCCCUAGAUUUCUCCGCGCGAGGGUGCACCAAUGUACUUUUUCAUUCUUUUAGGUUUGUUUAGGACAUAUACACAUGGAGAACCAAGAUUGGGACCCUUUGGCACAUACACCCGCAGCUCGAGCCAU